GUGGUAAAGAAUUAAAAACUAUACGAGGAGUAGUGACAAGAUUUUGCCAUGAUUAUGGGAUGAUAGAUGACAUGAUAAUAUUCACAAAGGAUGCUGUUAAAACAAUUGUGCCGCUGACUGUUGGACAGGAAGUUACUGCCACUGUUGAAGAGGAUAAAACAUCGGGUGGCUUGAAGGCUAUCAGGGUAGAUGCUGCCCAAAAUGCCUGGGGAGACUCCAGUCCUACGGGUGAUGCUUCUGAUCGAAAUAUGAAAACAUUAAUUGGAAACAUUACCUCUGUCUCUAAGGAUGGUGGCUAUAUUAAUUGCUAUACAUUUUUUGCAAUGGAAGAUGUCUGUGAAGGCUUCAAACCUUAUGAAGGUGACUGUGUGCAAGCAAAGUAUUUUAUUAACCCAACAACAUGGAACAGUGAAGCAGUUGCUGUAAAGCCUUUGAGAUACAAGCAAGUAAACAAGGUUCGCAUUUCCAGCAUCUGUGGAAGAAGUGGUACAGUAAAUGAGAGUAUAUUUUUCACUUUGGAUUCAUUGAGACUUCCUGAUGGCUAUUCACCGUGUAAACAUGACCUAGUGAAUGCAGUAGUGGUGGAGAGCAAUCAGUCGUGUUACGUUUGGAGAGCUCUCUGCUUGGUGCCUGUCAGCCAGGAUGGACAAUUUCACUCUAAUGGAGUCAAUGUGGAUGGGCCUUAUGAAGACUUAAUGAGAGACAAAGGAGGGUUGGAAGUCUCAAGAAUGACUAAUUUUGGAACUCUGAAGCAGGGAGAAUCUAAAAGGAUGAUCAUUUGGAUAGAGAAUAAAGGGUGUGCACCACAGCCCUUAAUCAGCUGCAGAUUAGCCGGAUGGAUGAAACACAAGCAAUUCAGUUUUCAGAUGCCUCAAAAAUGCCAGACCAGUCCAGAAGCAUAUCUGUCAUCUUUUCCAAUACAUCAAGAAAACCUUUCAAAAGCUGCAGUUAAUUCCUAUAACAGUGGAGGAACAACAUAUGAGUCAUUGCAUAAUACAUCCAUUAUGAAGAAUGGGGUCAUUCCAGAAGGAAUUAAUUCUGAGGAUACAAAUCUAUCAAGGACAGAAGAAAACUUCUCCUUGGCGAAAGAUGAAAAUCUACAUAAUGUAGAAAAGGAGCAAAGAGAAGAUGUGGAACAGCCAAUAGGGCAUGUCAAUAUUACUGGAGAAAUUGUCAUACCGCCAGGUGGAAGAACAUUCAUAGUGGUCAUAUGCACAGCUGUAAAUCCCGGGUACAGUAGAGAACUCCUGUUGCUUGGUUUUUCUGAUUUUACUGUGGGACGUUAUAUUGAAGCCACUGUAACAAGUGAAGAAGAAUUACUACUAGCACCUGUGGAACCAUUUUCUCCAAGAAUGCCUAAAAUUAAUCCAGAACCUCAGCCAAGGAUGACGACGGUGGUUGUCCCUAAAUACAGAAGAAAUCACAGAAAGCAUUUGCCAAGCUUUCUCCCACAUUAUACUGUACCAGAUGAUUUAAGAAGAUGUGUGGAGCAGAAGUUAGACAUACUGACUUUUCAGCCUCUCUUAGCAGAGCAACUUAAUCUAGAUAAUUAUAAAGCAAAGUUUUCUACUCUCUUGUGGCUUGAAGAGAUCCAUGAAGAAAUGGAGAUAAAAGACUUUAACAUGAGUGGGGUUACUUUGAAAAGAAGUGGGAACUUUUUAGUGUUGGAAGUGCCAGGAGUGGAAGAGGGCAGACCUCGUCUCGUUGCAGGUGAUAAGGUGAUACUGAAAAGUCAGGUCUACUCUGAACAUAUCAUAGAAUACAUUGCCUAUAUUACUGAGAUAUGUAAUGAAGAUGUUACUCUUAAAUUUAAUGCAGAUUUUGAACAGUCUUACAACUCAGAACCCAUGGAUGUAGAGUUUGUUCAUUGCAGGAUUACUAGCAGGCGAUGCCAGUUGGCAGUUGAGCAAGCUAUCUACCUGGGUGAAAAAGUGUUAUUUCCAGAAAGACUUGUCUUGCAAUCACCACAAGCUGUCAAGACCCAGAAUACUGUUAAGUAUUGUGUUGUUGAUGAUGGCGUUGAACAAUGUUCCCAGCAGGAAAGUAAGGUGAAAAAACUGCAGAACAAACAGUCAAAAUUUGGCGAAAGUGGAACACUUAAACGGAGAGCUGGUGAAUUUUUCAAUCCUAUGCUGAAUGAGCAACAGAAACUGGCAGUGAAAAGGAUACUAAGUGGUGAAUGCCGUCCAACACCCUAUGUUCUUUUUGGACCACCAGGAACUGGAAAAACAGUAACAGUAAUUGAAGCUAUUUUACAGAUACAUUACAUGCUACCAGAUAGUCGAAUUUUGGUUUGUGCGCCAUCAAAUGCUGCAACAGAUCUGAUUUGCUUGCGGCUGCAUCAGAGCGAUCUGUUAAAACCAGGAAGUAUGGUCCGAGUUAAUGCUAGCUUCAGGUCAGAAGAGCAAAUUAAUGACAUGGUGAAACCGUACUGCAAGGAUGGUGAUGAUAUUCAGAAGGCAUUAUGGUUCAGGAUAAUAAUUACCACAUGCAGCAGUGCAGGAAUGUUUUAUCAAGCAGAAAUACGGCUUGGACACUUCACUCAUGUGAUUCUGGAUGAGGCCGGACAAGCAACUGAACCCGAGAGCCUGAUUCCUAUUGGGUUGAUAUCAGAAGCUAAUGGACAGAUAGUUCUUGUUGGAGAUCCAAAGCAGUUAGGGCCAGUAAUAAAAUCUAAAAUUGCACUGACUUUUGGAUUAAACAUGUCCUUUCUGGAAAGACUGACAUCAAGAGAGAUAUAUCAGAGGGAUAAGGAUGCUUUUGCUGCCUGUGGAGCAUAUAAUCCUUUGCUGAUCACAAAACUGACAAAGAACUACAGGUCACAUCGUGCAUUGCUUGCCUUGCCAUCAAAAUUGUUUUAUCAUAAGGAGCUAGAAGUUUGUGCAGACACUUCAGUAGUAAAUUCUUUGUUGCGUUGGGGGAAACUGCCCAGGAAGGGAUUUCCACUAAUUUUUCAUGGAAUAAGGGGCAGUGAAACACGUGAAAGUCACAAUCCUUCAUGGUUUAAUCCAACGGAAGCAGUUCAAGUAAUGCAGUACUGUUCUCACCUUGCUAAAAGUGAGUACACUGCAGUGCCAGUGACUGACAUUGGAGUGAUUACACCAUAUCGUAAACAGGUGGAAAAAAUUAGAUUUCUUCUCAGAAGUAUCGAUUUGGCAGACAUUAAAGUUGGCUCAGUAGAAGAGUUUCAAGGGCAGGAGUACACAGCUGUCAUCUUAUCAACAGUGCGAUCUCAUGAAGGCUUGUUUGGUGAUGACAAAUAUUGUAUGGGCUUUCUCUUUAACCCAAAGAGAUUUAAUGUAGCAGUUACUAGAGCAAAAGCUUUGCUCAUUGUCAUUGGAAAUCCUCAUGUUCUUGCAAAAGAUCCCUGUUUUUGUGCACUGUUGGAAUACAGUUUAAUGAAUGGAGUUUAUGUUGGUUGUGACCUGCCUCCGGAGCUGGAAUGCCUGCAGAAGUGA